CUCUGUACAACUCUGAGCCUGAACCACUGUGCAGAAAGAGAAGUUCAAUUUCUUGCUGUGUAACAACGUUCGAUGUACCUCACACGGGAGCACUAUGGAUAAUUCAUUUCAUUAUGAACCAAUAGAAAAAAUUAAAGAGGAGCUGGAAACCAAUGGACCUGCCUCAGCAGCUGCAAAGAUCCAGGAGUAUUUGGAUCAGCAGGAUAAUAUUCCACUUAAUAUUGGCAUCACAGGAGAGUCUGGCUCUGGUAAAUCCACCUUUGUUGAUGCCUUCAGAGGCAUAGACAACAGGGAUGAGAGAGCCGCCCCUACUGGUUGUGUAGAAACCACCACGGAGGGUACACCAUCCCCCCAUCCCAACUAUCCCAAUGUCACACUGUGGGAUCUUCCUGGUAUUGGCACCCCCAACUCAGCUAGGAACUACCUGGAGCGUGUUGAAUUUGAAAAGUUUGACUUCUUCAUCAUCAUCUCAGCUGAUCGCUUCAGAGAAAAUGAUGUGAAGCUCGCUAAGGAGAUUCAGAGGAUGGGGAAAAAGUUCUACUUUGUUCGUUCAAAGAUUGACAAUAACGUACGUGAUGAGGAAAGACGCCUGAGGUCAGAGUUCAAUGCAGAAAGGACUCUUAAACAAAUCAGGGACAACUGCAUUCAAGGUCUUGAAAAACAAGGUGUCAAGUCUCCACAAGUCUUCCUGGUGUCCAGCUGUGAUCUCCACCUGUAUGAUUUAUGUCUGUUAGAGGAGACCCUGGAGAGAGACAUCCCUGCACACAAGAAGAAUACGCUGGUGUCGGCCAUGCCCAAUGUCAAUCGAGGGAUCAUCAGCAAGAAGAAAGAGAAUUUAAAGGCAAAAAUAAAGUACCUUGCCUCUAUAUCUGCUCUCACAGCAUGUGUACCAGUGCCUGCUCUCUUUUCAGAUGCUGAUGUAACCAUGCUGGUUGCUACCAUCAGAAAGUACAAAGUUACUUUUGGUCUUGAUAGCGAGUCACUGCAGAGUCUUGCUCGUAGUGCACACGUGCCUUUGGAUGAUCUUACAGCAGUGAUGACAUCACAACUGGCUGCAAAUGAAAUUACCAAAGAUCUUAUUAUUAAGACACUGUCUGCGAGUGAUGCUGCAUUAAUGGCAGCAGAGGAAGGGUUCAGAUUUAUUCCAAUACUUGGAAUCCCUGCAGCAAUGACCCUCUCUUUUAUCUUUACCUACAGAGUUCUCAAUACGUCCCUGGACAUGCUCGCUGAGGAUGCACAGAAGGUGUUUACAAAGGCCCUGGGUCUGAACACCUCAGUGUGAUAUCAUGAGCUG